CGGCACGCCGCGGCGGGGUGGGUGCAAGAUGCCGCUGCCGGUUCAGGUGUUUAACUUGCAGCAGCCAGCCAGCUCUGUGUCAGGGUCGGGGGGUGCAGAAAGUCAGGACAGAAUGAGGGAUAGCUCGGCCCCCAGCUCGGCCUCCUCGUCAGUGACAGAUCUGUACUGCACCCCUCACAGCAGUAGGUCAGACCUCCUCCUGCCCGGUACGGCCGGGGACUUCAGCCUGAGCGCCAGCCUGUCGGCCUGUACGCUGCUCUACGAGGGGGCUGUGGAGCCCAUGCAGAUCGACGUGGACCCCCAGGAAGACCCGCAGAAUGCACCCGACGUCAACUACGUGGUGGAGAACCCCAGCCUGGUACGGAGCCCAGUGGGGGAACCUUGGGUGUCUCAGUUCUACUGAGGGGUCCAGGGCAGACUCCUCACUGCAGCCUGCACAGCAGGAUCUGGAGCAGUACGCAGCCAGUUACAGCGGCCUGAUGCGCAUCGAACGGCUGCAGUUCAUUGCUGAUCACUGCCCCACGCUGCGGGUGGAGGCCCUGAAGAUGGCCCUGUCGUUCGUGCAGAGAACCUUUAAUGUGGACAUGUAUGAGGAAAUCCACCGCAAGCUCUCAGAGGCCACCAGGUCCUCUCUCAGGGAGCUGCAGAACGCACCCGAUGCCAUCCCUGAGAGUGGCGUGGAGCCCCCACCCCUGGACACGGCCUGGGUGGAGGCCACGCGGAAGAAGGCCUUGCUGAAGCUGGAGAAGCUGGACACGGACCUGAAGAACUACAAAGGCAACUCCAUCAAGGAGAGCAUCCGGCGCGGCCACGACGACCUGGGCGACCAUUACCUGGACUGUGGGGACCUCAGCAACGCCCUCAAGUGCUACUCCCGGGCCCGGGACUACUGCACCAGCGCCAAGCAUGUCAUCAACAUGUGCCUCAACGUCAUCAAGGUCAGCGUCUACUUACAGAAUUGGUCUCAUGUGCUCAGCUAUGUCAGCAAGGCUGAGUCUACCCCGGAGAUUGCUGAGCAGCGAGGAGAGCGUGACAGCCAGACCCAGGCCAUCCUCACCAAGCUCAAGUGUGCCGCAGGUUUGGCGGAGCUGGCUGCCAGGAAGUACAAGCAGGCUGCCAAGUGCCUCCUGCUGGCUUCCUUUGAUCACUGCGACUUCCCUGAGCUGCUGUCCCCCAGCAACGUGGCCAUCUACGGUGGCCUGUGUGCCUUGGCUACCUUUGACCGGCAGGAGCUGCAGCGCAAUGUCAUCUCCAGUAGCUCCUUCAAGUUGUUCUUGGAGCUGGAGCCGCAGGUCCGAGACAUCAUCUUCAAAUUCUACGAGUCCAAGUACGCCUCAUGCCUCAAGAUGCUGGAUGAGAUGAAGGACAACCUGCUCCUGGACAUGUAUUUGGCUCCCCACGUCAGGACCCUGUACACCCAGAUUCGCAACCGUGCCCUCAUCCAGUAUUUCAGCCCCUACGUGUCAGCCGACAUGCAUAGGAUGGCGGCGGCCUUCAACACCACAGUGGCUGCCCUGGAGGACGAGCUGACGCAGCUAAUCCUGGAGGGGCUGAUCAGUGCCCGCGUAGACUCGCACAGCAAGAUCCUCUACGCCCGGGAUGUGGAUCAGCGCAGCACCACUUUUGAGAAGUCUCUGCUGAUGGGCAAGGAGUUCCAGCGCCGCGCCAAGGCCAUGAUGCUGCGAGCAGCUGUGCUCCGCAACCAGAUCCACGUCAAGUCCCCACCCAGAGAAGGGAGCCAGGGGGAGCUGACUCCAGCCAACAGCCAGUCUCGGAUGAGCACCAACAUGUGAGGGGUGGACCUUGGCCUCCAGGACAUCUGCAUCCCCUCCCCAUCUCCACGGACCUCCUGACCUCCAGGCGGCUCAGUGCUGCCUGCAGCCCAGCUAAGAGGCCUGGCCACUGGGUGCCCCCCAGCCUGCAUGCCCUUGCUGGGGCUGGGGAGGCAGGCGGCUGCUAGUUGUGGUCCUUCCUGGAAGGAGAGGCCUGCAGGGCUCGACCCUGUGGGUUUCUGUCCCCAGGGAGCAGACUGUGCGGCACCCAGGCGCAGCAGCACCACUUCCCAGACCCCUCCUGUUCCCGCCUCUGUCAGGUGCAGACAAGUGGGCGGUAUCCAUUAAAAAGCAGACUGAGCGUU